AUUCAGAAAACAUUUACGACUUACGUUUCUGAAUGUUGUACCUUCAAUUCUUUCUGCCUAUAAUUAUUUUUGGAAGUAUUUUUGAUCGUAACAAAGAAACUUUAGUUAAUUUAAAAAAAAAAGGAUUUAAAUUAGCAAAAUUUCAAUCAUACCAGCUUUAACUACAAAUCGUACUUUUAUAAGGAUUGUCACUAAUUAAAAAAUUUCUCGAAAAGUGGUCUGUCAUUGAAAUAUUGCAAAAUACAAGGAUGGCGAGUAAUUCAAAUAACACAUUUGGAUUUGAGUUACUUUAUAAAGUAUCAGAGAAUCAGAUAUCAAAAAAAGAGGAUGUAAUCAUUUUAUUGGCGCACUGGUUUUUCAUAAAAAAUGGUUUUCGAUGUAUUGGAUUUGGUGAUUCCAAAACGUUGGAUCAGUCUGAUCAAGGGUCUGAGCUAUUACCAGAAGAAUGGAGUAAACAUUCGAAUUAUGCAUUACGUUAUGUAAAGGAGGGAAAACUCUAUAUUCUUCUUGGAACAAAAUCAGAUGAAGAUUUGCUUUUGAAUUUAAUGAGAAUCGAGGAUCACAAAGUCUCUAAUGUUCAGUUCCCAAUAGGAACAACAGUAAAUAAUCUCCAUGGAACAUUAGAGAGUCUUUUACCCAAUUAUCAAGCAAUAUUGGAUACCUUACGAAAGGAUCUUGUAGAGCCAGUAUAUACAACCCCUGCAAGAGAAACCUCUACGCAGACUACAGAAGUUAGAGGACAUAGUGAACGUGAAAUUCCAGGGCAUCCAAUUGAUUAUGAUGACCCAUUGAGGGUAGGACCACCACGUCAUCCUGGGUCUUCCACUCAACCAUGGAUUCCAUAUGCGGAUCCAUCGAGAGUAGGUAGAUCCGAUCUUGAUCCCUUCUCUGAAGGUGGAGGAAUGAUUUUUGAUCCAUUCGCGCCAAGAAGACCAUUCGCAAACCCGUUGGCUCCUGGAGGACCUGGAGGAUUGGGUGUUCCCGGAAGACUGCCACCUGGAGCAGUUCCACCAGGCGCUAGAUUUGAUCCAUUUGGGCCACCUGAUGUUAACCGACCCAGACCACCGCCUGGUCCACCAGACAGCGAUCACUUUCCACCACCGGGUUACGACGACAUGUUCAUGUAAAACACAAGGUCUCCUUCGAAGAAGAAAUUAUUUUUACUCUGCAUAUAUAUCAUUUGCUAUUUUUAUGAUUACUGUAUAUCUUUUAUUGAGCCAAUAAAAGUAGAGAGCUCCGUUUAAUUCAUA